UCCCAUUUAUAAAUUCAACCUCUUCCGGCCACCCUUUUCCACCUCUCUCCUUUCAUCAUUCUUCCGCCAUCGAUAUGGCCACCGACCCCGAUCCCGAUCGUGCCUUGCUCUUCCUCAUCCUCCAAUUCCUCGACCACCAAAACCUCUCGGAGACCGCUCGAUCAUUGGAAUGUGAAACGGGAUUGUUCUUCAACAUGACUUAUUUUGAGGAGUUGUUGAACUGUUGUGCUUAUAAUGAGGCUGAAAGCUACCUUUGUGGAUUCACUGAUAUUCACGAUAAUAUUUAUUCCACAAAGAUCUACUUUGGGAUUAGAAAGCUCAAAUUCCUUGAAGCACUAGCAGAUGGAGAGCGGGAGGUUGCUCGUGAAGUGGUUGAAAAGGACAUCGAAAUCUUCGACCAAUAUAAUCCCGGGUCUCACAUAUUGCUUUCAAGUUACAAAAAUAUGAAAGAAGCAAGAAAAGUUGUGAUGGAAAAUAUCAAGAAAUGCAUUGAAGCUAAUCCCCUUCUUCAAGGGAAGCUUUCAUUUCCGCCGCUUUCGACGACGCUGCAAGCCUUCUACAUGGAGGCUAUGGCCUCCCGGGGCAGGGCACCGGCGACUUGCAGGCGAGAUUUCAAAGAUUGAAAGUAUCAAUGAGAAUUAGAUUUUAUUGGGGAUAUAUUAUUGCUGCUCAACAUAAAAACUGUUCUUCAUGAUCUUUCAAUUAAUUUAUGUUUUGUAAGUAAUUUUAACGAAGUGAAAAUAAAAAGUACGCUUAGACGUUUGGUUAUGCA